UUGGAUGCUUGAAGUACUAACGAUAACAAAAAGGGCUAUACAUUUUCCACUGAUGUCUGACAAGUUUUUGACAUUCCGCUGUAAUUUUUGAUUCCGGGUGCGAAUACCGUUGUUUACGGUCGUGUUACACCGGCCGCGAGAAAUAGAUGGCGUGUGCAGAUGCCGUAGUAGCAAAAGCAGCAGGUAGAAUAAUUCGUUUCGAGAGCUCGUGCAUAACGCUCAAACAUGAUAAAUCCGAACUCGGAUUCGGAAUCGAUUGCGAGUACGGCUGCGGAGCGGGUAGGCGCACGACAGAAGUCAAAGCAUGGAACAAACGGUGGACUUGCAACGUUUAUUUGGCGACGUGAGAAUAAUUCGCGACACGAAUGCAAGAGAGAAGACUCGAUGAACGAUAUCAAGGCAAUGGAACAGAGGUUCAAAAAUCCUUCAAGUAGUAAAGUAUCGUUUGGUUUUUUUAAGAAUAUCAAGAAGCACUUGCAAAUAAAAAAUCUGUGCAAAUCCAAACAAAAGAACAAGGAGACGGAAACAAAUUCUUCUCCUAUUACAAACCAAAAUGCUGUUAUAUCGAUCCAUGAGUCUCUUAAUUCUUGUCAAGAACAAGAAUUGUCAAAUAGUGAGCAGGAAGUCUCAUCAGAUGAACAACUUUUGCAUGAGAGUAGAUUGGGCAAUGUACUUGAAAAUUCCUGCCAUGGUACUGAAGAAGAUAUAGCUAAUACUAAUAUGCAUUAUAGUGCAACUGAUAUGAAUCUUCAUGCAGCUCUAAUGGAACAACAAAAUGGAGCAGCACACAAUAUUGUGACCACUAGUGAUGUAAUAAUAACACAACCAAAUCGUUCCAAUGCAAUAACAGCAGUUCCUAGUGCAAUAGCGGAAGUUUCUGGCAAUGUAAAUGAAACCUUAAGUAAUGAGAAUAAAGUUAAAGCGAGUCUCGCAAAAGAACUGCUCAAUUUAAGCAAAUAUGGAUGGUAUUGGGGUCCUAUAUCAGGAGAUGAAGCUGAUGCCAAGCUCAUAUCUGAACCAGAUGGUGCAUUUUUGGUUCGAGAUUCAUCAGAUGACAGAUACGUCCUAACGCUCAGUUUUAAAUCGUCUGGAAAAAUGUUGCAUGCGCGUAUGGAACAUAGCGGUGGUUUAUUUUCUCUAUGCAAUCAAUGCACAGAGAGCGAAGGCUUUACUUCGGUGGCUGCUUUAAUAAGUCACUCCAUGAACUUUAGCCAAUCAGCUGUUAUUUGUUAUUCAAGGCCGAAGUAUCCAGGAUAUCCGUCGUUUCCAGUCAGAUUAACAAAACCUGUAAGCAGGUUUACGCAAGUAAGAAGUUUACAAUAUCUUUGCCGUUUUGUUAUUCGUCAAAAUACUAGACUAGAUAAUAUACACAAAUUGCCUUUGCCAAAAACUAUUAAGGGAUAUAUUCAAGAAGCACACUAUUGAGACUUAAUGGACAAAGAGAUAGAAAAUAUUAAAGAGAUUGAUAAUGAAAUUAUUUUUAUUAUGUAAGAUAUAUAUUUUUAAAAAAAGUGAUAUAGAAUGAAAGGUGUAAAUUUCUAUGAUGAAUUGGCAGCAAGAGGCACCUAUUAAGACAUUUGCGAAAUUUUUAUUUUUAUCUCCAGUAUUAUAUUGUAUUAAAGAUAUUCUUACUCUGUUCAUGAUGUAUCAUUAUCUAAUAUUGAGAAACAUAAAGUGAAUAAUAAUAGUUCGUAAAUAGUUGAAAAAAUGGAUGUUCCAUUUAUCUAUUUUUCAGCAGAGUAUUAAACAUGUAUCAUUUCUUAUUGAAUUUAAAGUAUUUUAUAUUUAUUACAAGUUAUGUAAAAUCUUAGGAUUUGCAGUAAAAUUUCUAUUGUAAGCUCGUAAAUCGUCACGGGUAGGAUCUGACUUCCCCCGUUAUUCGAUAAUAACGGUACAUGCGCGCAGUUAGUGAAAUUUUUAUAUAAAAAUUAACGCUGGACGAUUAUACUUAAUUAUGACAAUACUGCAGGGUAAACAAAAAUAUUUUUUAAUUGUUAAACGUUGACUGUAUGUAAGCAACGAUUUAUAUCUUUAUAUUUUGCAUGGAGAUCAUUUAGAUUUACUACUUAUAUAUAUAUAUAUAUUUUAUUGUACAGAUUUUGUUAAAAUAUAUAUAUUACUUGUGUAAGAUAAAUUAGCUAUAUAUA